UUGAUCGCUUCGCGCACGCGCAUUGCCGGCGCUCCGUGUUUGUGCGCCUGCCGCCGCCAUCUUGGUAGGGGCAGGAAAGAGAGGCAAAGGUGAGGGGCUAGAAAAGCAGGUGAUGAGGGAAAGGCUCGUUUAAGGUAUACAUUCCCGGCUCCCCCUCGCUUUCUAAGGUGUUUCCGAGGAGGUCUGCUUUAGGUGUCUGCCGCAGGGGAUGGGACAACCUGUGGACUCCAGCUCCCAUCAGCCGCGAUGGUUGACGGGAGUUGUAGUCCGUUGGAGGGUCACUACCCCCCAUCCCCGAUUCACUGGUAGAUAGUCGCCUGACAGAAGCCCCUUGGUCCUUCGCUGAUUGUCAAAUGAGAGGCGCCUCUGUUCAAGCUCCUUCAUCCUCUGAUUUAGGAAGCGCUGCCUCCUAAACCCCCCAUUUGUUGGGAGAAGCUGGGUUAUACCAAGAGGAAAGCACUCUGUGCAUGCUUAGCAGCACCCUGUUCUUUCAGCAUUCUGAGCUUCGAUUCACAGUCGGCCAUGGACAUGGCCUGCAAUGACCAGAUGCAAAGGAAGGAAGGCUUUGCCUUGUACCUUCCGCUUCCACAAUUGUAUGAUUCUGUGUUGAGAGUCCUGCAUUGCACGGGGUAGGACUGUCCGUUGGGGACCCUUCCAAAAUCUACAACUCUAUGAUUCUUUUUUAUUAUCACCAUCCAAUCAGUUACCACACUUUAUUUCAGAAGGAUUCGGGGGGAGGGGACUAUCCCUGAAAUGCUCUCCUGCGUUAAUCAGCAAGUAUGAGGAACCUGUGGCCUUCCAGAUGCUGAUGGACUACAAAACCCAUAAUCUACGACCAAUGGUCAGGGAUGGUGUAGUCCAGGGUUUCCCAAACUUGGGUCUCCAGCUGUUUUUGGAAUACAUUUCCCAUCAUCCCUGGCCACUGGUCCUGCUAGCUAGGGAUGAUGGGAGUUGUAGUCCAACAACAUCUGGUGGUCCACGGGUUCCACAUUCCGCAAUCUGCUCUCAGAACCUGCACUUCUUGCAUAUUGAUCUUUAUUGAGUGUCAUUUUGUGUAUUUUCAUCUGUCUCAAGUUAGGUAUGUUUACUGAUGCCUAGAUAUUUACUUCCACCUUGGGACAGCUCAGAUGCAACUUGUCUGGUUCCUUGUGUGGUAUGUGCACAGCCGGAUUUAGAUGAAAAGAGGCCCUAGGCUACUCCACUUGUGAGGCUCCUCCCCACACCCACCCUCACAACUAGAAGAAAAUGGAAGUUUGUUAUAAACAAAAUUGAGUGGAGCCAAGGAUGAUGACAGGUAUUUAAAAUUCUACAAUUCACAAUUUUUCCUCUAAAGGACAUAAGAUAUUAUUGUUAGAUGCCAUGGUGAUUUUUAAAAAUUCAUAAAAUUAACACUGAAAAACUUUUGCAAUAACUGAACUUUGUAAACAUUUUGUGGGCAGGCCGCAGGCCUCUUAUAUACCUCUUAUAUAGCUGCUGGGAUUGGCAAGGCAUCUGACCCUCACCUGAAUCUCAUAGCUCUCCUGUAGCUGUCUCUGAUUAGUUAUCAUUUAACUCUUGGGGGAAAUAAUUAGCAUCAGAUGUCAUGUGCAUGGAAGUUGCUGAACCAAUUAACCAACUAGAAGGAUUACUGUUAAUAGCACCAGUUUUCCUAUAACUUGAUAUUGCUGGAUAGUUUUGAUGAACUGCAAAAGCAUUUUUAGUUUGCUUUCUGUUGCCACCCUGGAACUUUUCUUUAUUAGUGCCACUUUGUUUUGUAAGAUUCAUUGCAAAUGAAGGAAUACAACUUUACUGCUUGUAUAUGUUGGUAAUAUAAUUUUGGUUACUGAGGACAAACAAGAUUGUACAAAAACAAGGUUGGGUGCAGGCCUGGCCAGGACAUAGGCAUCCUGACUGUGACAAAGGUGACCUGUGUGCUUGCUUGCUUGCUUGCUUGAUUAACAGCUGUUGGGAACUUAAAGGUCCCUGCUCUCCCUUCUUAUGGUCUUUGUACUGGACCUGAAGACUCUAAUAGAGAGCAUUCCAUGUCAAGAAGGAGGGCAAGUGGGUGCUCUAUCAAAUGACAGGAGUUAUACGGAGCAGGGCCUUUUCACUGGUAGUGCCCAUUGUAUGCCUCACUCUUCCCAGACCUGCUCUCUACUGGCUGUAUUUUGGAGCUUUAUAAUUUAGGAAGACUUUGGAAGAACUGGUUGACAAGUCUUAUCAGUUGCUGACAUAUGAGCGGAUUUUAUUUGCUGCUAUUCUGUGCUUCUGGUGCACCAGGGUUUACACCAGCGUAAUAGAGUUGGCCAGGAUGCCAGAAGGGAUACAAUUUACAAGCUUCCUCCAUUAUCUGCACAGCAGUGGGUGUUCAGUCAACAGUGCAAAGGCUGAGCUGAAGCAUCCCCUGCUGGUUACCUGCUUUCAGCAAUAGGGGUCACUGUUUGGUAGUACCCAAUUGGUUAGCUGUCAGAUUCUAGAACUCCCUAUUGGUGGCUCUUAGGUAAUUCACAAAAUACAGUCCAUUCAUAAAACACAGUAUUCAUUCAUAAAGCAGUAACAUAAAUCUCCAUUGCUACAUAUUGGGUGUAUAUUUCAGCAGUUGAACGUACAAGUUUAUGGCCAUGCUUUAGUGUCGUGCUUAAGAGGCUGUGAAUAAAAGGUGGCUGGGCUCAUUGUCUCGGGGUUUGGGGGGGAAGAGGUGACAAAACUGAUUUCCAAUAAGUGCCCCCCCCCUUAUUUCCAUAACAAGUCCUUGAGUCUGUACUCUGAAUGGUGACACCAGGGAUCUAGAAGGUGCAGCGCUUGUCAGUCCAACCCCUGCACAGUCUCAUCAGGGCUGACCUUAAGGCAAUUGGAGCAAUGGGGCUAAAUUGGGCCCUGCGGGCCGCUCCUAAGAGGGCCCCUGCACCAGCGCAAUCUAGAUGGAUUUUAUUUAUAAGAUUUUGCAGACUUGGGCUGUGAACUGGGGCCCUACAAAAGACAAAAUUCAAGUUGCGCCCCACUGCUUCAAAUUGGGCCCCACUGGCUAGCCCUGAGUCUAAUAGUUGCUGGGCCUGAGUUGCCCUGCCCUUGCAUGAAGUCUUGGGUUUGCAAUUUUGGGAGAGGGGAGACUGCGGCAGUGGGGAGCAGGCAGGCUGGCGAGGCCCCUUAGACUUAGAGAUCCGAGUUGCCCUGCCCUCUCAUGCAGUCUUGGGUUUGCAAUUUUGGGAGAGGGGAGGCUGCCUGCUGGGGAGCGGGAGGGCUGGCGAGGCCCCCUAGAUUUAGAGGCCCUAGGCUUCAGCCUAUACAUAAAUCUGGCACUGAGUAUGUGUUAGGAGAAGCAGACGCAUCUGAAAAAAUAGCUUCUUAUUCAAAAAGUCAAGCUAAUCAAUCAGAAGCUGGCACAUGACCAACUUGGUCUUUGUCUGCUACUGUACAGGGUAAUGGUGGCAUCUUGAGUGUACUGAUGCAUCGGGUGCAACCUUCAUUGCCCCAGAAAGCAUCCCUGAUGCCCAACUCUUACCUGAGCUAUCCUGCAGUUGCAAGAAGGGAUUGUUCGCCCUUUGUUCAGGGAACUGUUAAAAAUAAAUAGGUAUACACGUAGGGUGAUAGUCAAUCAAAUAAUACUUGGAAUAGACUCAUCAAAAUCAUUGGGCUCAAAUUCAGUAUUAUUUAACUAGAUAGCACUCUUAUCUUUUUAAUUGUGAGAGUGAAGAGUGACGCAUGUUCUAAUCUAGAAAACCCACCACUUUGUCACAACUUUAAAACUCUGCUGUUGAAAUAUCCCUGCCUUAAGUGAACUGCGAGGAAGGAGAACUACUACACAAGUCUAGGUGCGGGACAACAGUAACAGCAAUUUAUUUUAUGGCUCUGCAAGUCAGAUAAGGCUGAGGACAUCCUGUGCUACAGGACACAAACUGAAUAACUUAACAAGAAUUGCACAAUCCUCCAGUUAAUUUCAAUAUUCCUUACUCCAGGGCUUCCUCAAAGUCCGUUGAUGAAGCUUUUCACUGCAUGGAGGGAAGCAUCAUAUUGCUAUUAUUUUUUAUUUUUGUUAAAUUUGUUAGUCACUUUAUCUUGUUCAGGGCAACACUAAGUGACUUACAACCAAACAAAUAGAGGGCAAUACUAAGUGACUUACAACUAAACAAAUAGAGAUUCAGUUGCUGAUAAAUCUCAGGUCCAGAGCUGGCCACUCUAUUCUCACAUACUGCCCCUAUUAGAUGAGAAUAGGAGAUGUAAAACAAUUGUAGGCACACACAGCUAAUGCUUCUAUUGGCAAAUAUGGUUGCAAGUGCUUUGUUUGGCAUCUCAAAAAGCCCUUAGCAGGACUCAUCCUGUACUUUUAGGGCUAAGCAAAACAAAACAGCUCAGUACCUGAAAUAAAUUGCUUUUCUGACACGAGAAGCACACCUGCCUGGUUCGUACGUGUAAAUCUCCACUCCCAUGGCGUACUCCAGGGGUUGUCAACCCACUAGUGAGCGUUUCAGGAUUCCAGGUGGGCUGUAGAGGGUUCUACGGCAGAAGCUGAAUCCAUCGAGCACUGGUGGGCAGUAAGGAAAUUUUACCAUCAAGAAAGAUGCAUUAGUGGGCGGCAGGUAUAAAAAGGUUGACUACCCCUGGUGUACAUAAUGAUACUUGUCAGUGUACCACAGGUUAUACUGCCUUUGUACUUUGUCCCUGAAAUCAGUGGAGAUCCGUGCAGGAUUGAGCAGGUAACCAUAGCAAUUGGGCGUAAUGUCUGCUGUCCUCAACACACACACACCCCACCCCCCGCCACAUUCCAGUGACAUGGGGAAAUAACCUCUGCAAGGUGAUCUAUCUGUGUAAGAGUUUUCACAGCUAACUAGAGCUUGGUUUUAGAAGAGACCGAAGGAGUGGAUUUAAUGGUCUUUCUGGAAUGAUCCCUGAGGAAAGCAAGGAAGUCGUCCUGAAUACUAUUUGGAGAGCAGAGGGCUGCUGGACGCCAAAGGAGAGUCACCACAGAGAAAAACCAGAGAGAAACAGCAAAGAGGUCCGGUCAAAUGAGUGGCACUUUGGGUGAUAAAACCGUCAAGCUACAACCAGGGCCCGAGGGAGGUGGCUCUGGUAAUCAUUAGGGUGGUAUAGAAUGUGAUGGUUGGCACAGAAUUUAUUAUCCUGAAAAUAUCAAUUUCCAUUUUUUAAAAAAGUAAGUGUUUAACCUUUGUGGCUGCAAAUAUACGCUUUAAAGUGGUGUGGGCACUUGGAGCAGGAUAAAACCUUACUGGUGUCUGCCAUUUUUAGACAAUAGGGUGAGGCGAACUUUUCUGAACUGUAAUAAUGCAAGGAGGGGAGGGAUAUUCCUUUAACCCUACGAUUCUGUUACCUGGAAGUAAGUCCCAUUGAAUUCAGUGGGACCUGCUUCCGAAUGAACUUGCCUAUGAUUGCAUUGUAAAUUAGCAUAGACAAGGGUUGAGGGAGCUAGUUCCUUUUUAAAGAAGUACUAACUUUCCCCAAGGGACGCGGGUGGCGCUGUGGUCUAAACCACUGAGUAGUUUGCCGAUUUGCUUGGGCUUGCCGAUCAGAAGGUCGGCGGUUCAAAUCCCAGCGAUGGGGUGAGCUCCCGUUGUUCGGUCCCUGCUCCUGCCAACCUAGCAGUUCGAAAGCACGUCAAAGUGCAAGUAGAUAAAUAGGUACUGCUCCGGCAGGAAGGUAAACAGCGUUUCCGUGUGCUCCUCUGGUUUCGCCAGAAGCAGCUUAGUCAUGGUGGCCACAUGAUCCGGAAAAACUGCGGACAAAUGUCGGCUCCCUUGGCCAGUAAAGCGAGAUGAGCACUGCAACCCCAGAGUCACUUUCAGAGUCGUUUGCGACUGGACUUAGCUGUCAGGGGUCCUUCACCUUUACCUUUAACUUUCCCCAAGCAAAUGUAAAGAGUGAUGUUUCAGAUCAGGAACGUGGUAUAGAUUGCAGUAACUCGCUGCAGUGUAUUCUGGGGUAUAUAACACACCAAUGAAAUGAUAUACCUUCUAUUUAUUUGUUUGUUCGUUCAUUCAUGUAACAGAAAUUGUAUACUGGUUAAUCAUAACUAUCUAGAAAUGUUUUACAAGAUUUUAAGGGUGAUCUGACUUAUUGCUUCACGUUGCCCAAACCUGCAGAGACCUGCAUAGGAGGUGUGGCUGACAAUGGCAGAACAUAAUGCCCUGUUGUGUCCUGCCUUGGAUAAGGUGGCUGGUGAGGAGUUCCUGCAGAAAGCAUUCCAGAUCAUGCUUGAGGAAGGUGUAAGGAAAGGGAUGGAUGCCUCUGAAAAGGUAAGGCUUUCUUUUUCUUUUUUAAUAUUUUUUUUUAUUAAUUUUCCAUUGAACAUACAUACAUACAUACCUUAUACAAAUAAAUCACAUAUUUAUCUUAAGUUCUGCCGAGCUUCGGACUUCCCUCCAUUCCUUUGGUAAGUAUCAUAUAAUUUGUAACAUCGCGCAUUUUGUAUGUUUUACUUUAUCUACCAUACGCUGUUAGAGUUAUUCUAACCCUGCCAGUGUCUUUAAAGUUUUACAGUUGUCUCAUAUAUACAUCAAGUAUUUACUCCAAUUUUCUUGAAACUUCUGUUCAUCCUAGUCUCUUAGUUUUCCUGAUAUUCUGGCCAGUUCUGUAUAAUUUAUCAUUUUAACCUGCCAUUCCAAUAUAGUAGGUAUAACAUCCGUUUUCCAGUUCUUGGCCAGCAUAAUUCUUGCUGUCGUCGUGGCAUAUAGAAAGAGACUUUUAUCUUUUUUUUUAGAAAAAAUCCUUUCUUGUCAAUCCCAGUAGAAAGGCUUCGGGCUUUUUUUGGAAAAGUAUAUUUAAAGAUUUUUUAAAGUUCAUUGUAAAUUGAUUCCCAGAAGCCCUUCACUUUACCACAGGUCCACCACAUGUGGUAAAGGUCUCCCUCUACCUCUCCACAUUUCCAGCAUUUCUUGUUUUUCAUUCUGUACAUCUUUGCCAGUUUUACCGGCGUAAGAUGCUAUCUAUAGAUCAUUUUCCAUAGAUUCUCCUUCAAUGCCGUACAGGCCGUAAAUUUCAUAUUUACAUUCCAUAAUUCCUGCCACGCUUCUAAUUCAAUAUUAUGUCCAAAAUCAAUGGCCCAUUUAAGUCUUUCAGGGCUCAUUCUCACAACAUAAUCUUGGGAGUUGUUCUUAUAUAAUGGUGUAUUUAUCCAAUGCUUAAUUACUGGCUUAAUUACUGGCAUAACGUGAGGAUGGGACUAUGUUAUUUGGCUUUCAAGCAUUUAUGUGAAUGCUGCCUGAACUUUUCAAUACGAACUGGCCAACCUAUUUCCUUCCUUGUUAGGUGUGUGAUUGGAAGGAACCUGAGGAGCUGCAGCAAAUCCUAGACCUGGAUCUAAAAGAGGGAGGGGAGCCGCAGGAGAGAUUGCUGGACCGCUGCCGGGAUGUUAUCAGAUACAGCGUGAAGACAUGUGAGUGCCUGGCACCAGCGUCUCGUUCGUGAAAUAGCAUAGUUCCUGCAUGUGGAGUAAUAUGUAGUUCCUGCUCCAGUUAGGUCUUGUUUCCAUGGCCUCAAGCUGCAAAACGGGAUGCUUCUCAUGUUAAGUGACCUGCUGACAAAGCUGACUAUCGCCUCCAGUGUAAAGACACAUGGAUUUAAAAUAGCCUAUAUAUGCACAGUAGCCCAAAGGCGAUGAAAAUUGUGAGCCAAGGGGGUGUGGCUAAAACACCCUGGAAUUCGCUGUCCUUGUACACAUGAAGUCAGAAUUCAAGACAAAUAUCUCUGGUUAUGUCAAUAUGUCCUAAAGGAAACAGCACGUUCUGGCAUCUUUUUAGCAAACAGAGACAGCAGCGUUCCCAAGAUCAGAGGCAAAGUACAGUGGUAACUCGGGUUACAGACGCUUCAGGUUACAGACUCUUCAGGUUACAGACUCCGCUAACGCAGAAAUAGUACCUCGGGUUAAGAACUUUACCUCAGGAUGAGAACAGAAAUUGCACGGCUGCGGCAGGAGGCCCCAUUAGCUAAAGUGGUACCUCAGGUUAAGAACAGUUUCAGGUUAAGAACAGACCUCCAGAACGAAUUAAGUUCUUAACCCGAGGUACCACUGUAAUUAGUGCUUUAGAAAACAAGCGUUUUCUAGGGUUGGGUGAUAUAUCGUCCAAAACCAGUUUGAAGUCCAUGAUAUCAGUUUCAUAAUUUUUGACCUGGCAAUUUAUUGCGAACCAUGAUGUGUGUGUGUGUGUGUGUGUGUGUGUGCGUGUGCGUGUGUGUGCGCGCUAUGCAAAAAUCACAAUGCGGGGGGGAAAUGUGAAGCCAGCCAAUGCCUCUACAUAGCUCCACCCUUAUUUCAGACAUUGCAAUAUAUCAGUAUAUCGCGAUGUUUAGCUGGUGAUAUAUCACGAUGUUGAAAAGCAGUUAUUACCCAGCCCAAAUGCCUUCCUGCUGUACAUUUCAUUCAUGCCCUGUGUAAAAGAGUGUGUUCCCCACACACCACUUCCAAAAAGAGAAUUAUAUUUGGUAUGAUGUGAUUGUGCUGUAGACUGAUCCAAAGUAGCUUCAGUUCAGCAUAGCUACAUACUCUUUUACUCUUUCUUUCUCAGGUCACCCGCGAUUUUUCAACCAGUUGUUUUCAGGACUUGAUCCCCAUGCUUUGGCCGGACGGCUGAUCACAGAGAUGCUCAACACCAGCCAGUAUGUGUUUGCAUUUUUCUGAUGAAACCAUGGCGUUAAAAUAGGUUGCAGUGGCUCUCUUGGGCUCAGUACGGAUUAUUGUUUUAAAAAGAGCUGGAAAUGGUUAGAUUGAGUAGAUUAGGGCGUUGCUUCCUAGGGUCUACCCUCAUAUUUAUUUUGUCCUCUGCGAUCAAACAGGGUUUGCAGGUUCUUGAACUGCAGAACUCUUUACCAGAGGCAAAAGUGGUCUUAGUGUACAUACAAUCAUUUUCCCCAAAGAGCUUUCAACUCUGAAAUACAUGUCUUUUUAUGUAUAUAUUUCUAUCCUUAUCCCUUUCUAUAUACUGUCGUACCUUGGAUCCUGAACACCUUGCGAGUCAAACAUUUUGGCUCCCAAACACCGCAAACCCGGAAGUGAGUGUUCUGGUUCGUGAACGUUCUUUGGAACCUGAACGUCUGACGUGGCUUCUGCAGCUUCCAAUUGGCUGCAGGAGCUUCCUGCAGCCAGUCGGAAGCCGCGUCUUGGUUUCCAAAUGUUUUGGAAGUCAAAUGGACUCCCGGAAUGGAUUCUGUUCAACUUCUGAGGUACCACUGUAUCUGUAUCUCUAUCUAGUGCUUUUUGGGGGUUAAAAAAAUUGAGGUGCCAUUGUUCAUAUAUGACUAGAAGGGCCAUGAGUAUCUGCACAAAAUGGCUGCCAUGGGCAGCAAAAAAGAGGUUCGUGGUACUCUGUAGCGGUGAGUACCAUCACAAAAGCCCCUCCCCAGUGUGGUGUAGUGGUUAAGAGCAGUGGACUUGUAAUCUGGGGAACCGGGUUCGCGUCUCCACUCCUCCACAUGCAGCUGCUGGGUGACCUUGGAGAAUGUUGGCCGCUUUGAGACUCCUUGUUACCUGCCAAGCUUGGGGAACAGUGCUGGCUAAACUGCAGAGCUGGAACAGCCAACAGGAAGAUCUUGUUGAACCUCACGCUCCAAGGCAGAUGAUUAAACUGGCAGCGACUCCACUGCUGCUAAGGUAGCUAGGUUCUCAUGAUGUGGCUGUGGUGGCUGCUACUGCAGACCCUCAACGUGUCCCUAUUUUCCAGGGACAGUCCCAGAUUUGCAGAAGAUGUCCCAGUUUCUGAUUUGAUCCUACAAUGUCCCAGUGUGGUGUAGUGGUUAAGAGCGGUAGUCUUGUAAUCUGGGGAACUGGGUUCGCGUCUCCACUCCUCCACGUGCAGCUGCUGUGCUAGUCACACUUCUCUGAAGUCUCUCAGCCUCACUCAUCUCACAGAGUGUUUGCUGUGGAGGAGGAAGAGAAUGGAGAUUGUUAGCUGCUUUGAGACUCCUUAGGGUAGUGAUGAAGCGGGAUAUCAAAUCCAAACUCUUCUUCUUCUUCUUCUUCCCCCCUCACUAAUUCCAUCCUUGAUCCUGGAAGGAAGUGCGCAUAGCAGUUUUCUAAGUGAGCCACCUCCUGUGAUGCAGGCAAACUACAUAUUUCUGAUAAUACAAAGUUGUGGGGUAGAAACAUGACACAGUUGUAUUCACAUAUUCGCAUCCAUGGCAAGGAGCAGCCCUAAGUAAGCCCUAAGGUGGUGAUGUCACAGGACAGGACAUCAUACUUGCACUCCCCCACCCCGCCAAGCUAAAGAGAUAGAUGUUGGCUGUCAGCACCCAUGCAGUUCCUCAUAUCUGGUAGUUUGUUACAUAUAUUAUGCACGCUGCAUUACUUAAACGCCACACACUUCUCAGGGGGAAUCAGUAGGACUUACAAGCAGGUAUUGGAGCCAGUGUGGUGUAGUGGUUAAGAGCGGUAGUCUCGCAAUCUGGGGAACCGGGUUCGCGUCUCCGCUCCUCCACAUGCAGCUGCUGGGUGACCUUGGGCCAGUCACACUUCUCUGAAGUCUCUCAGCCCCACUCACCUCACAGAGUGUUUGUUGUGGGGGAGGAAGGGAAAGGAGAAUGUUAGCCGCUUUGAUACUCCUGAAGGGGAGUGAUAAAGCGGGAUAUCAAAUCCAAACUCUUCUUCUUCUUCUAUUGCACUGUUGGGCUCUGUUGUGGAGGCAUGGCGUUUUCAGAGCACUCAAAAUUCAGAGUUUUUGUAUCCGGGGAAAUAGAGUGCUUCCUCCAUACCUCAGAGAGCAUGUCUGUUCAUAGUGUGAUUGUCUAUCCCUGCGGAAUGAGAUUGUCAGAAUAGUUCAGUGAUAGAACUAUGCCCAGGUCAUUUUGUGAACCGUUUUACUUUAUUUUGUUAUUUUUUUCCAUUUUAAUAAUAUUUUUUUCAGCGGCUGUGUGCGCCCUGCUAAGGGAUGAAGGUCUCAUCUAUUAGUACAGUAUAAUUCCUUGGAUUCCUGAUAGGCCUGCCAACGUCCCUCCAACCAUUCGCCAACCACUCUUUACUUCCUAGGCACCUUUCCUAGGUGAAACUCCCCGAUACCUACUUGUGACAUACAAUUGCAGGUAUAUGACUUGGACCAAAACAUCAUUUCGCCUUGUGUUCUAGGUACACGUAUGAGAUUGCCCCUGUGUUUGUAUUGAUGGAGGAGGUGGUUCUGAAGAAGCUGCGGGAGCUGAUUGGCUGGGAGGAAGGGGAUGGGCUCUUUAGUCCUGGUGAGUGAUAUUCCUUUCUGCGUGUUCUAGGUCAAAUCUGCAGCAGUACCUUUACAGAGGGCUGUAUAUUGUCCACCUGAAGCAGAUUUAAGCCCACCUGGACAAUGGUCUGAAAUGAUGGGAAUUGUAGUCAAAUAACAUCUCGAGGCCACCACGAUGGCUAUGGCUGCCUCUGGUCUGCAACUUGUUGCACCGAAAACAACCUGGAGUUUCGCUUUAGGAAUCCCAUACUAACCUUGAUAUUUGACAUUAUAAUUGCCAUUUAUAAGUGAAAGCAGGCAAUCUUCAUGCUCUUUCUUCUCUGCUGCUUCUGACUUUGCAUGGAUUCUUAACUACUUGCAUAUUUUAUUCUGGUUUUGCUAGUAAUGGGGAUGGCUAAGCAAGUGUUUCACCGCUUCCCUAUCCACUGGAAAUCUUCUUUCAUUCCUCCUCUGGCUUCUGAGAUUUUAGCAGCCAUUGUCCAUUUUUAACCUUCACAGCCACCAAGCCUAGAAACUUGCUCCCUUGGGUUUUUUUGUUGGUUUGUUUUAAUGGAAGCUGAAAUCUGCACCCGAUGAUACAUUCUGAAUCUUUGCUGUGCUCCCACAGAAUUACGGCAUACACAUAUACCUGGCUAUGAGUGCAUUAAAUAGCAUAGAAAUAAAUAACCUUAGACCAUGAUCUCUCUGGGCUCUUUUUUUGCAGGGGGCUCAAUCUCCAACAUGUAUGCUAUGAACGUGGCACGAUACCACCGCUUCCCAGAUUGCAAGCAGAAGGGUAACUGGGCAAUACCGAAGCUGGCAGUGUUCACUUCGCAGGAGGUAUGUUAUUCUUCUGAGUUGUUUGUCUGUCUGUCUGUUUGCUGCCUGAUAUUUGACUGUGCUGCAGCCUUUCCAGAGGCCACCCAAGUGGUCCUGAAUGGGGUAACUGUGCCCCUGAAGGACCAGGUACGCAGCCUGGGAGUCAUUUUGGACUCACAGCUCUCCAUGGAGGCGCAAGUCAAUUCUGUGUCCAGGGCAGCUGUUUACCAGCUCCAUCUGGUACGCAGGCUGAGAACCUACCUGCCCGUAGAUUUUCUUGCCAGAGUGGUGCAUGCUCUUGUUAUCUCCUGCUUGGACCACUGCAAUGUGGGGCUAUCUUUGAAGGUGACUCAGAAAGUGCAAUUAAUUCAGAAUACGGCAGCUAGACUGGUGACUGUCUAGAGCCAGUGUGGUGUAGUGGUUAAGAGCGGUAGUCUCGCAAUCUGGGGAACCGGGUUCGCGUCUCCGCUCCUCCACAUGCAGCUGCUGGGUGACCUUGGGCCAGUCACACUUCUUUGAAGUCUCUCAGCCCCACUCACCACACAGAGUGUUUGUUGUGGGGGAGGAAGGGAAAGGAGAAUGUUAGCCGCUUUGAGACUCCUUAAAAGGGAGUGAAAGGCGGGAUAUCAAAUUCAAACUCUUCUUCUUCUUCUUCUGCCUGGGAGCGGCUGCCAGGACCAUAUAACACCGGUCCUGAGAGACCUGCCUUGGCUCCCAGUAUGUUUCCGGGCCCAAUUCAAAGUGUUGGUGCUGACCUUUAAUGCCCUAAACGGCCUCAGCCCAGUAUACCUGAAGGAGCGUCUCCACCCCCAUCAUUCAGCCCAGACACUGAGAUCCAGCGCUGAGGGCCUUCUGACGGUUCCCUCACUGUGAGAAGUGAGGUUACAGGGAACCAAGCAGAGGGCCUUCUCAGUAGUGGCACCUGCCCUGUGGAACGCCCUCCAGCCAGAUGUCAAAGAGAUAAACAACUACUCUACUUUUAAAAGACAUCUGAAGGCAGCCCUGUUUAGGGAAAUUUUUAAUAUUUAAUGUUCUAUUGUGUUUUUAAUAUUCGAUUGGGAGCCGCCCAGAGUGGCUGGGGAAACCCAGCCAGAUGGGCGGGGUAUAACCUCCCCUUAAGAGGAGGUUAAGGGGUGAUAUGAUAGCCAUGUUCAAAUAUAUAAAAGGAUGUCACAUAGAGGAGGGAGAAAGGUUGUUUUCUGCUGCUCCAGAGAAGCGGACAUGGAGCAAUGGAUCCAAACUACAAGAAAGAAGAUUCCACCUAAACAUUAGGAAGAACUUCCUGACAGUAAGAGCUGUUCGACAGUGGAAUUUGCUGCCAAGGAGUGUGGUGGAGUCUCCUUCUUUGGAGGUCUUUAAGCAGAGGCUUGACAACCAUAUGUCAGGAGUGCUCUGAUGGUGUUUCCUGCUUGGCAGGGGGUUGGACUCGAUGGCCCUUGUGGUCUCUUCCAACUCUAUGAUUCUAUGAUUCUAUAAAUAUAUGAAGAUGAUGGUGAUGAUGAUGAUGGAACUCACAGACCACAGUUUCAAAAACCCAGCCUUAGUUCAUAGUUAAUGCCAUUCCCAUUUCCACUGUGUGUGUUUCUCCUUGCAUACUGGAUCAAGUGAACUGUUGUUUGAGAAAGCUAGAGUCAAGCAAUGUAGUUGAGAUCAUAGAAUCAUAAAAUUGUAGUAUUGGAAGAAACCCUCGACGGUCUAGUCCAACCCCUGACAAAUAGACAUUCCGUUGUGGCAACCACAACCUAGGUUUAAGGUGCCAUUUGAUGCCUAGUUUAUGUGUCUGAGUUUCUAGCACUGGUUAUGGGUGGCCAGCACUUCUCCAAAUGUAUACACAGCAAAUUUUAUGAUGGCUUCUGUAUUAUCCCAGACAUGACCAGUUCCAGCACUGGUGCAUAUGUGUGGGUAUUGUGACUGUGGCUUCAGCCUUGCCCAGACCUCAAACCUGAGGUCUCCUUGGAAGUGGAGCAGGGGCAAGACUGCUGUACACGUUCUCAGCUGGAGGGCCUUUGCUACAGCUAUGCCAUCCUCAGGCUGUUAUUUUAAGACUACCCAGCUCUGCAUCACUAUAAGUGAAGAAGCCAAGUUACUGAUUAAGUCUGCCUAGCGGAAGGAUUGAGAAAUCCCAGUGUUAAGUUUGGAUUAGUGAAGGAUUAAACCAAUAUUCUAGUAUAAUGUUUUAUUUCAAUUCUGAGCUGCUUACUAGUGGUUUCGCUCUCCCCUGCUGCUUCCUCUUUACCAUAUACUUCUUUUGAAUAAAUUAUUUAAUUGGAUUUCUGGGGCGGGCCAAUAUCUGCACGCACUCAAGGGCUGCUUAACCUCACACAUGGCUUUGGCUGCUGGGGCUACACUGGGAGAGCAGAGACAGGCUAAAGUUGUCAAGAAGGAGCCUUGGAAUGCAGCCAGCUGUUCUCCUACUUCUUUCCCCUGCCCUAUAAUUUUUAUUAAAUUUUCUGUUUUACAUUUUAGAGUAUUCAUUUAAACAACCUUAAAGUAUCCAUGACUUCCCUUCUUCUCUUUCCAUGGUUCAUUUUGCACAACAAAAAUCCCUGCAUAUUUUAUAUACCGUAUUUUUUGCUCUAUAAGACUCACUUUUUCCCUUCUAAAAAGUAAGGGGAAAUGUGUGUGCGUGUUAUGGAGCGAAUGCAGGCCAUGCAGCUAUCCCAAAAGCCAGAACAGCAAGAGGGAUUGCUGCUUUCAUUGUGCAGCGAUCCCUCUUGCUGUUCUGGCUUCUGAGAUUCAGAAUAUUUUUUUUCUUGUUUUCCUCCUCCAAAGACUAGGUGCGUCUUGUGGUCCGGUGCGUCUUAUAGAGCGAAAAAUACGGUAAACUAAACCAUUCAGUACCUUGGUUUGCAUACGCUUUGGAUUACAAACACGUCAAACCCAAAAGUGUGUGUCCCAGUUUGCAACCUUUUUUUGGAUGACAACCCAUUUAUUUAUUUAUUUAUUGAUUGAUUGAUUAUGAACAAAGAAAUUUUGGAGGCCCCAUGGGUGAAAGUGCACCUUGGGUUACAACCUGUUUUGGUUUACAAACAGACCUCCGGAACGGAUUAUGGUUGUAAACCAAGGUACCACCUUACAGUGGUACCUCGGGUUAAGUACUUAAUUUGUUCCGGAGGUCUGUUCUUAACCUGAAACUGUUCUUAACCUGAAGCACCACUUUAGCUAAUGGGGCCUCCCACUGCCACCGUGCUGCCGGAGCACAAUUUCUGUUCUCAUCCUGAAGCAAAGUUCUUAACCCGAGGUACUAUUUCUGGGCUAGCGGAGUCUGUAACCUGAAGCGUAUGUAACCCGAGGUACCACUGUAUUCCAUUAUUACAUCCAUCAAAAUUUAUUUACACUGUUGGAUUUAUCUUAAUGCUGCCCACGUUUUCAGGUGUGCACAAUUUCCCCCCAUAUAAUCAAUAAACAUUUUCCAAUCUUCUUUAAACGUAUGUUCUUCUUGUUCUCUUAUUCAAUAUGCUAAGUCUGCAAGCUGCGCAUAUUCCAACAGUUUAAGUUGCCAUUCUGCUUUAGUUGGGACCUCGCUCGUUUCCCAUGCUGUUCCCCUACGUCUAAAUAUUUUGCCUAUUUUGAACUUACAAUGUAUUGUUGAAUAUUUUGCUGAUACUCGCAUGUGGCAUUUUAAGGAUUUCUAGCUGCCUUGAGUAUCUUAGCAGUCAUUUCCAUAUUUGUAUCUAUUUAUACCAUAUGCAAGCUUUAUGCUAAUAUGUGGUGUCCUCGUUUGUCCUAUAGCGUGCCCUGUUUUCUGGUGAUGUGCCACCCUAGCUUAAUUGUGCUUGUGUUUGUUUAUAAAAUUCAUUGAUUGCCUGUUGUUGAGUUUUCUUAAAAAAAUCACUCUCAAAGGAAUUUAUUAAUCAAUAACAUUAAAUAAUUAUUCGGGGGGGGGGAGCUGCAUGGAGCUAAGGGAAAUCACUUCAAAUGGACCCCAAAUGAUCAAAUUGUAUUAGACCAGGGGUCAGCAAACUUUUUCAGCAGGGGGCCGGUCCACUGUCCCUCAGACCUUGUGGGGGGCUGGAGUAUAUUUUUUUUGGGGGGGGGGGAUGAACGAAUUCCUAUGCCCCGCAAAUAAUCCAGAGAUGCAUUUUAAAUGAAAGGAAACAUUCUACUCAUGUGAAAACAAGCUGGUUCCCGGACCGUCCACGGGCCGAAUUUAGAAGGCGAUUGGGCCGGAUCCUGCCCCCGGGCCUUAGUUUGCCUAUCCAUGUACAGUGGUACCUCGGGUUAAGAACUUAAUUCGUUCUGGAGGUCUGUUCUUAACCUGAAACUGUUCUUAACCUGAAGCACCACUUUAGCUAAUGGGGCCUCUUGCUGCCGCUGCACGAUUUCUGUUCUCAUCCUGAAGCAAAGUUCUUAACCCGAGGUAAUAUUUCUGGGUUAGCAGAGUCUGUAACCUGAAGCGUAUGUAACCUGAAGCGUAUGUAACCCGAGGUACCACUGUAUUAGACAGCUUCCAAUAGAGGUAUCAGUCCAUGGUGGCUGAUGCCCAUUGGUGCUGCUAGGGCAGAAGCCAGAGGCCAACAGGAGGUGGCGCCAGAGAGCCGAUGACAUGCAGAGUCAACUAAUUCCCUGAUAAGUUCUAUAAGGGCAAAACUGAGACUGCAGAGGUGGAAGCUGAGAGGCAGUGCCACCCAUUGGGCUGGUUGUUAGAAGACCCACAGAUGGGUGUUUGCUGAGAAUAGGCUACGGUUGGUGGGCCAGUGUCUUAUUAGCCCCAAAUGGACCAGCCUCUGCUAGUAUCCUAGGUCAAUUCUGUGUCCAGGGCAGCUGUUUACCAGCUCCAUCUGGUAUGCAAGCUGAGACCCUACCUGCCCGCAGACUGUCUCGCCAGAGUGGUGCGUGCUCUGGUUCUCUCCUGCUUUGACUACUGCAAUGUGCUCUACGUGGGGCUACCUUUGAAGGUGACCCAGAACUACAACUAAUCCAGAAUGCGGCAGCUAGACUGGUGACUGGGAGCAGCCGCCGAGACCACAUAACACCAGUCUUGAAAGACCUACAUUGGCUCCCAGUACGUUUCUGAGCACAAUUCAAAGUGUUGGUGUUGACCUUUAAAGCCCUAAACAGCCUCGGUCCAGUAUACCUGAAGGAGCGUCUCCACCCCCAUCAUUCAGCCUGGACACUGAGGUCCAUUGCCGAGGGCCUUCUGGUGGUUCCCUCACUGCGAGAAGCCAAGUUGCAGGGAACCAGGCAGAGGGCCUUCUCGGUAGUGGCGCCCGCCCUGUGGAACGCCCUCCCACCAGAUGUCAAAGACUUUUAGAAGACAUCUGAAGGCAGCCCUGUUUAGGGAAGCUUUUAAUGUUUGAUGUCUUACAGUAUUUUAAUAUUUUUUUGGAAGCCGCCCAGAGUGGCUGGGGAAUCCCGGCCAGAUGGGCGGGGUAUAAAUUAUUGUUGUUAUUAUUAUUAUCAUCAUCAUCAUCCUCUAAUUCCCUCUUUUUCUGGCUUCUCUUCCAGUGCCAUUACUCCAUCCAGAAGGGAGCGGCUUUCCUGGGAAUUGGCACAGACAACAUCUACCUUGUUGCUGUUGAUGAAAAGUGAGAGCUUCCAUCGGAAACCCUUGUGAGACUUGACCCGGCCCAGGCCUCCUGGCACUGCCAGUGGACCAUCUAAUAAAAUAAUUUGCCCUGACACAUGAUACCUACCUACCAAAUGCACCUUUAACAGAUGCCUCCCCUGGGAAAUACCCAAGGACAGAGACACCAUUGCUUAUCUGUGUUUUUCUUUUUCCUUUUGUUUCCAGAUUCCCUCCCCCUUCCCCAAUACUUAAUGGAAAAUGACCGUAUUUUUUGCUCUAUAAGACUCACUUUUCCCCUCCUAAAAAGUAAGGGGAAAUGUGUGUGCGUCUUAUGGAGCGAAUGCAGGCUGCGCAGCUAUCCCAGAAGCAAGAACAGCAAGAGGGAUUGCUGCUUUCGCUGCGCAGCGAUCCCUCUUGCUGUUCUGGCUUCUGAGAUUCAGAAUAUUUUUUUUCUUGUUUUCCUCCUCCAAAAACUAGGUGCGUCUUGUGGUCUGGUGCGUCUUAUAGAGCGAAAAAUACGGUAUAACCCCAUAGAAAGGUACACAGUGAUUUCGCAGCUAACAUAGGAGCUGAUAAUGGAGGAUAGAAUUUAGCACCCUGAAAACCAAAGAUUUAUUUUUAUUUCUCUUCUAGUCCUCAAGACGGAAAAGAUGUUUCCCUCAAAUUCUUUCCAAUGACAAAAAGUUCCGAAAAGGUUAAGGUAGUUGCAUUAACACUAGAGUUGCAUCAAGAAGUCUUUAGGCCAGUGUGUCACUUAUAAUAAUAAUAAUAAUAAUAAUUUAUUAUUUAUACCCCGCCCAUCUGGCUGGGCUUCCCCGGCCACUCUGGGCGGCUUCCAAAAGAAUAUUAAAAUACUAUAAUACAUCAAACAUUAAAAGCUUCCCGAAACAGGGCUGCCUUCAGAUGUCUUCUAAAAGCCUGGUAGUUGUUGUUCUCUUUGACAUCUGGUGGGAGGGUGUUCCACAGGGAAGGCGCCACUACCGAGAAGGCCCUCUGCCUGGUUCCCUGUAACUUGGCUUCUCGCAGUGAGGGAACCGCCAGAAGGCCCUCAGUGCUGGACCUCAGUGUCCGGGUAGAACGAUGGGGGUGGAGACGCUCCUUCAGAUAUACUGGACCAAGGCCGUUUAGGGCUUUAAAGGUCAGCACCAACACUUUGAAUUGUGCUCGGAAACGUACUGGGAGCCAAUGUAGGUCUUUCAAGACCGGUGUUAUGUGGUCUCUGCGGCCGCUCCCAGUCACCAGUCUAGCUGCCGCGUUCUGGAUUAGUUGUAGUUUCCGGGUCACCUUCAAAGGUAGCCCCACGUAGAGCACAUUGCAGUAAUCCAAGCGGGAGAUAACCAGAGCAUGCACCACUCUGGCGAGGCAGUCCGCAGGCAGAUAGGGUCUCAGCCUGCGUACCAGAUGGAGCUGGUAAACAGCUGCCCUGGACACAGAUUUGACCUGUGCCUCCAUGGACAGCUGUGAGUCCAAAAUGACUCCCAGGCUGCGCACCUGGUCCUUCAGGGGCACAGUUACCCCAUUCAGGACCAGGGAAUCCUCCACACCUGCCCGCCUCCUGUCCCCCAGAAACAGUACUUCUGUCUUGUCAGGAUUCAACCUCAAUCAAUUGCACUUUGCCUUUGAAACAAAGUUGGCAGAGAUUUAAAACAGGCCUCCCAAGAGGUUGAAUGGAUCAUCCUUUAGUGGUUGAUCUGCACAAGCUAAUGUGGAACAGGUAUAUGUGGAUUUUGCCAUUUCGGAUUGCAGGUAGGGGAUCUUUUUCUCAGUGCUUCCCCUUAGGAAAAAUAUCUUCCCGGACGUGGAAAAGCAAUGCUUCAUAGAGAGGGCCCGCCUAGAACUCCUUCCCCCAAAGGCACUAGUUUACUUUUUUUUUCUUUCUCAAAAAUUUUAUUAGUUUUCACAAUAUUAUAAACAAACAAACACACAAAACAAACAAACAAAAAUCAUAGCCUUAUUGAAAAUUCCAGUUAUUAACUUUGUUAAGUGACUUCCUCGCUUCCCCUUGAUUGAAUUUCAUUGCAUGUCCUUUUAACGGUUUUCCAAAUCCCAAUUUUUAUGAAAUUUAACUUAAACAUUAACAUCCUUAGAUCUUCACCUUAUGGAAUUAAACAUAUUAAUUCAUCACUUAACAUAAAUAAAAUCCUGAGCCCAUUAAGUAUCUGCAAGCUGUUUUCAGUUAGUUUAACAUAGCAAAUUUAACUAAAUAAUCAUUAAAUUUAUUCCACUCUUCCUGAUACUCCUCCUCCUUCUGAUUGCGGACUCUUCCGGUUAGGUCGGCUAGCUCCGAAAAAUCCAUCAUCUUCAUCUGCCAUUCUUCUAUCGUUGGUAAUUCUUGGGUUUUCCACUUUUUAGCUAACAAAAUACGAGCAGCAGUUCUGGCAAACAAAAAUAAUUUAACAUCUUUCUUGGGCACAAAGGCACUAGUUUUCUGUGUGCACAGGGACUUUUGAAACAGGGAGUCGUUUGACCACGAGAUUCUAUACCUGCUGCAGCCUGUAGUAGCACAUUCCGGGGCAAACAUGCACCACACGAUUCUGCUCCUUGCAUAGGUUGGUUCUAGAGGUGGAUUGUCUUAAGGCUCACUUCUGCCACUGCUUUCUUUCUCCUUCAGGGGAAAAAUGAUCCCUGCUGAUCUGGAGAAAAAGAUCAACCAGGCCAAAUCUGAGGUAGGUUUCCUCUGGACGGUGAAGAGGGCAGAACUGAGAGCACAGGACAUUUUCCUUCAUAAUGCUCCACUCUUUUUCUGAGGACUUGCCUACUUACACCUGAAGGAGCUUCUCUACCCCCAUCGUUUAGCCCAGACAUGGAGGUCCAGCUCCAAGGGCCUUUUGGUGGUUCCCUCACUGCAAGAAGUGAGAUUACAGGGCCUUCUCGGUAGUGGCGCCCGCCCUGUGGAGCGCCCUCCCGUCAGAUGUCAAGGAAAUAAACAACUCUCUGACUUUUAGAAGACAUCUGAAGGCAGCCCUGUUUAGGGAAGCUUUUAAUGACUGAUGUUUUAUCGUGUUUUUAAUAUUCUGUUGGGAGCCGCCCAGAGUGGCUGGGGAAACCCAGCCAGAUGGGCGGGGUAUAAAUGAUAAAUUGUUGUUGUUGUUGUUAACAGCGGUGUCUAACCUGUUACCAAACAUGAUCAGAGAGAGACAUAGAGUGGGGGAGGGGAUGUGUGUUGUUGGGAGACACAACAUCCUUGUAAUGUUCACAGAAAAUCAGCUCUAGCCAACCCAGACUGCUCUGGCUGGGGCUGAUGGGAGUUAUAGUCCAAAACUUCCAGAGGGCACCAGAUUGGCAAAACCUGCGCCAGCUAUACUUCCCGUCUGCCAAUGCCUGCUCCUGAUGUUCUUCUUUUCCAGAGGGCAUUCCCCUUCUUUGUCAAUGCCACCUGUGGCACCACCGUCCUGGGAGCCUUCGACCCCGUGGCUGAGAUUGCGGACGUGUGCGCAAGGCACAAGAUCUGGCUUCACGUUGAUGUAAGUGCGGCAUGCUGAGGGAUUGGUGCCCUACAGAUCCUUGGGGAUGGCAGGAGGUGCUUGUUAUAAGUGUGUGUGUGAGAGAGAAAAUGGGGAGGGGUGUGUGUGUUCUGUGUCUUUUAAACCCUGAAUGCCACCCAGACCAAGGAUAGAAGAUGGUACUUAGAGACAGGUGGUCCACUUCUGACAUAUUGGCAGGUGAGGUGGCUUUCCUAUCACGGUCCCUUGCUCCUCCCUCCCCAAAACCUCUCCUGAAGUAGCAUUCAGGGAGUCGACAGGAGCUGCAGCCGAAAGGUAAAAGCAGCUGUUUCUUCCUGCACGCACAGAGUGACCUUUGUGUACAUACACAGGUCUCUUUGGAUCUUGACCAGUGAUUCAUGUCCACGGAAUUGCUUUCUGGUGUCAUGUGCAAAAAGUAAUGUCACGAUCAUUUCCCCCAUGCAAUUUUAUUUUUUUGGUCCGAGGAUGAUCUCACAAUCCUGUUCCUUUCAGGAUGUAGUUGCAAGAUUUGCCCCAUGCAGAGGUGCAACAGCUAACCUCCUAGGAUGAAUUGUUCUUUCAUGUCUCUGCAUUAGAAGCGAUUGCGUGCUGCAGAUGCAGGGACGCAACAGAUUAACCUGCCCCUAUUGAGGACAGACCAGAGCGGUGAAUCAGUUGUGCAUAGAUGUAGCAGGCAACCUGCUUUGUAGGGUGAUUACUGUUUAAUUAUUAUCCAAGAGGCAGUAGGGUGGAAGAGGGACAAAAAUCAAGGCAGGGAGGAAAAGACCGGGAAGAAAGGUUGGAUGUAUUCUUCGUAUCUGUGAUCAUUCCAAGUAAGUCCAGCUUUUUGGUUUGGGGGCAGAAUUCAGUGUCUUGAGAUGCUUUCAUCUGGAGCGUGUGAUUGCCCUCAAGUUUCUGGCCCUUACAGGCAGGCCCUUAAAGGUAAAGAGACCCCUGACCAUUAGGUCCAGUCGUGGCCGACUCUGGGGUUGCGGCACUCAUCUCGCUUUACUGGCCCAGGGAGCUGGCAUACAGCUUCCGGGUCAUGUGGCCAGCAUGACUAAGCCGCUUCUGGCGAACCAGAGCAGCGCACAGAAACGCCGUUUACCUUCCUGCCGGACUGGUACCUAUUUAUCUACUUGCACUUUGACGUGCUUUCGAACUGCUAGGUUGGCAGGAGCAGGGACUGAGCAACGGGAGCUCACCCCGUCGCGGGAAUUCAAACCGCCGACCUUCUGAUCAGCAAGCCCUAGGCUCUGUGGUUUAACCCACAGCGCCACCUGCGUCCCCUAGACAGGCCCUUAGAAAUGCCUUAACUGUUGGUGGCAUAGGGGCAAGUUGUGGGCCUGUCCCACAACCAGCUCUCGUGCUCAGUAGAUAUGCCACGAUGAAACAAAUCAAAUGCAUAAACGGAUGUCAGACUCCCAUUCCAUCACUGGUCAGCUAUCCCUGGAAUUAUGCUCUUCAGGUAUUUUCAGAUUGGGAUUUCUGACUACAUGAGCACCUCAUUGACACACUUUGCCCGGAUGGGUUCUUAAUGACCGAUACGCCUCUGUCAUUCUCUUGUAGGCUGCAUGGGGUGGCAGUGCCCUCCUCUCGCAGAGGCACCGGCACCUUCUGAAUGGGGUCGAGAGGUAGGCAAUAUUUACUCUUGAGUGGGCUUUGAGCUGUGUACCAACAGACCGGUGAUGCAAGGGCUGGAAUGUUGCGUCCCAAAAGCAAGGAAGGAUUGGACUCUGAUUAAUAAAAUACACACGAGGUUUGACCAGCAAGACUCUGGAAAGAAGUGCCAAUAAUAAUCUGUCCACCCCUUGGCCCAGGUUGUUUUAUUCACAAAAGAACUUUUUACAGUGUUCGUAAGAACCAAUCAGGUUUCCUCUGAGCAUUUAAAAAAACACCCACGUGGGACGAAGUUAAAGUUAAAACUACAAAGAGCUAAUUUGAGCAUGCAUACAUUCUGGGGUAAAUAAAACAGGACUAAAGGAGGAAUGCAUUCAGCAACCCCAGAGGUCAUAAACAAGCAGUAAACAUGAGAGGAAGGAUGGCAAGGAAAGAUUAGGCAUCUUUAUCACCUCCAUGUGAAACUCUGUUUCCUGGCCCUAAGAUCUACCUAAACAUUAACAAAAGCUACAUCAAAGUAACCUACUAUCUUUAUGUACUGAGGAUGCCUGGUCUGUGUUUCAGAAUGCUUAUACAUGCUUGUCAGGCAUAGAGAAAUGGGCAGCAGAGAAAAUGGCAGAGAUGCAGAGGCUUGUGGGAUUUGAUCGGAAAUUAUUGUCAAUGGUCAAUGACCCAAGCCCAGUCAACGCAAUGCUUUCAUUGCGGACACAAUGGCUUGUUCCAUUUUUCAUAAUUCCUCAUAGCAAUCCCACCUGACCCCCACAUCGGAAAUGCAGAUGGAUGGGCUGGUGAAGCAGCUCAGCAUAUACCCGAGCAGCCAGUCUCGAGUCAGCAACUUUAUAUGGGACCAGCCGGGUGGAAUCCCUACAUACUUAAUCCCCUGCUGAUUUAGAAUCAUAGACUCAUAGAGGGUCGUCUACGAAUCUCAGCUACAGCAAUCCAUGACAGAUGGCCAUCCAACCUCUGCUUAAAAACCUCCAAGGAAGGGGAGUCCACAAGAGUUCCACAAAAUGGCGGGCAGUUCCCUUGCCUGGCAAGCUGGCACAGAGAGCAAGGAGCCCUGGAUCCUGCCAUAACAGGUCCCUGGUGCCCUGUGACAGGUUGUAUGUGAGGCUGCUGGUUCAGGGCCAAAUAUCUCGGCAGCCCAAUAGCUUUCAGAUAAGACACCUGCCCUGGUAAGCCACUACUUGUCAUUGGCCUGAUUCAUGUCCUUCAUUGUUAUGUACUGAGUUGAAUAGAAUCCAAAAGGCAGCAGUCUGAUUGGUUCUAGAACAAUAGGAUUCAGAAUGCAGCAGUCUGAUUUGUCCUAGAACAAUAGGAUUCAGAAUGCAGCAGUCUGAUUGGUCCUAGAACAAUAAGGUCCAGAAUGCAGCAGUCUGAUUGGUCCUAGAACAAUGCAGCAGUCUGAUUGGUCCACAGGAGCCACCCAAUACAGCUCCAGGUGGAAGUGAAUCCGCAACCUGAUUGGCCUGCAGGUGAAUCCCAGAAUUAGCCAAUCACAUGGGGCCCAUUGUGUAAAUAAUGUAUAUAAAGCAGACAUUCUGGGGGAACUUCCAUUCCUCCUCACCACAAUGAGCUGAAUAAAGAGCAUGAAAUCCACUCUCAACUCAAGAGUAUAUUUCAUUCAUAAUAUUACUGUCAAGUCCAGGGCAUCAUUUUGCAACAGGCUGCUGCUGGGGUCCAAUUCCAGGAUGGGUCAAAGGAACCGGUGCCAAUAACAAGGCAGGCUGGAAGUCGGGCACUAGAUCUGGCAAACAUGCAUUGGGCAGGGAGGGGGGUCAAAAGCAGGAGAUCCAGUCACAGAUGGCCUGGAGGUCAGAGAUGGGGCUGGUCUCAUUGAAAGAGGCUUGGUACAGCCUGGCAUGAUUUCUAAUGGUUAUGAAAACAUUAACAUACACAAAGCUGUUGAGUUGGGGACAGACCAAGAAAGGCAUAUGUUUUAAAGAUUUAGCAAAGUUUCAUUUUUUAAUUUAAAAGGCCAAUAACAUCCAGACUGCUGGCAAGAUAAGCCAGCAUUUGGAAGGCUUGAUAUCUGAACAAUGAACGAUGGUGAUGAAGCAUGAAACUUGGGCUCCUUAACCCCCUGAAGAAAUCUGCAAAUGAACAAAACCAAAAAAAGAGAAAAGUUUUAAUUUAUGACCACAGCAUAUUGUUUCCCUAACCGAGUGGUUGUCAAUUGUUCUCUCACCUCCCCCUGUUAUUUUAACUUUCAUUUGUGUGUGUUUGUGUGUGUGUCUGUGUGUUACAGAUAGGUGCCAGACACUUAGGGUGAACGAAUGUAUAUUGCUGUUGAGCACGACAAGUUGGUUUUGAUGGAAAGUUUUUAUGCAUCUACAUUCGCUUGUGAACUCAACUGACCAUCUUCAUGCUAUGGGCUCAGAUGGCAGUGCCCACACCAGUUUUGUAGCACAGAGGGCACUCUUAGCUGACAGAGUCUUGCCUGGGAGACCAGAGUGCUGGUGGCACCACUCCUGCCUGAAGACCUCCACCAGCGCCUUACGGUUACAGUGGAUGUCAACAGCCACAUACAGUAUAUGUAUUGAUCAUUCCAAACAACUGUGAAUGCCUAAAGAGCCAUUGGUGAAUGUUGAUACUGUUAGCAUUUGCCUGAGUCUGUCCAAACAAUGGCGGAAUAAGUAAAAUAUAUAUUUGGGGCAUUCUCAAAAUUCACCCAGGGCUGUAAGCCCUGACAUGUGAAGGUCAAACUGACAGACGUUUCCUUCUGGAAAAGCCUUGUUUACGUUGCAAUAUUGCAUUUUCUUCUCCCCCAGUUCGCUCCCCCUUCCCACAACAUCGCUUCGCAUUUUCUUGCAUCUUAGAAUAGGAUACGUUCCGUGUCAAAACAAGCCGUGAUAACGUUGUUCUUCUGUUUCCCUACACAGGGCAGAUUCUGUGGCUUGGAAUCCCCACAAAAUGCUUAUGACUGGGCUGCAGUGUUCUGCGUUCCUGCUGCGAGACAGCUCCGUAGGUAUUUGGGCUGGGGAUGAUUCAGCUUAAGAAACUGGCCUAAUGUCAUGUGAGUGGCAAGGAAAGGAAAAAAAAUGAAGAAAAGAGAUGGCAGUGUCCCAACCACUUUUUGUUGGAAUGUUGAGGGUGGCAGGAGAGGAUAUAUUGUUUAUUAAUAUCUUUCCUAACUUGUGCUAGCAAGUUCCUUUACUUAGCAGAGUGCAUUCCCCCUUUGCACAGCAGAAAACUGGUUGCAAAUUCGUGUGAGUUUCAUAACAACAACAACAACAACAACAACAAUUUAUUAUUUAUACCCCGCCCAUCUGGCUGGGUUUCCCCAGCCACUCUGGGCGGCUCCCAACAAAAUAUUAAAAUACAGUAGUCUAUUAAACAUCAAAAGCUUCCCUAAACAGGUCUGCCUUCAGAUGUCUUCUAAAAGUCUGGUAGUUGUUUUUCUCGUUGACAUCUGGUGGGAGGGCGUUCCACAGGGCGGGCGCCACUACCGAGAAGGCCCUGUGCCUGGUUCCCUGUAACUUGGCUUCUUGCAGUAAGGGAACCUCCAGAAGGCCCUCGGCGCUGGUCCUCAGUGUCCGGGCAGAACGAUGGGGGUGGAGACGAUAUACUGAACCGAGGCCAUUUAGGGCUUUAAAGGUCAGCACCAACACUUUGAAUUGUGCUUGGAACGUACUUGGAGCCAAUGUAGGUCUUUCAAGACAGGUGUUAUAUGAUCUCGGCAGCUGCUCCCAGUCACCAGUCUAGCUGCUGCAUUCUGGAUUAGUUGUAGUUUCCGGGUCACCUUCAAAGGUAGCCCCACGUAGAGUGCAUUGCAGUAGUCCAAGCGAGAGAUAACUAGAGCAUGCACCACUCUGGCAAGACAGUCUGCAGGCAAAAAGCAAUUCAAUCUGUUCUAAUAUUUCCUGGUAAGACCCCUUGAAUCCCUCCUAAAAGAAUAAAGACACCACAGUCUUAUUCAUAAGCAAUAAAAAGAAAGUUGACUCACGAUGAGGCAGAGCACAGUGUGAUCCCUGAAGGCAGGAUUUAGGCUUAAAGUUACAAACAUAUACAAAAAGGUUUACCCCAUAAGGGAGAUGACCUGGGGGACUGUUUGCCUGGCAGUCAGCAGUUUAGUCCAGGAAGUUCGCAGGACGAAAGGAAGAUGGAGGAAGAGAGGGAGUGGCAGCAUGCCUUGUCCUUUUACCUGGUCUGGAAAGGUUACACCCACCCACUAGUCACAUGCAAGGAAGGAUGCUCCAGCCAGGUGUAACAGGAAGUUCCACUGGCUGGACCAACAUCCCCUUGCAUGUCCACUCUAGGAAAACAAAGAAUGUUGUAUUUGACUGCUCCCAGUGGAUUGCAUGCCACACUUUGGUCUGUGUCCCCCCAUACCACUCGUUUUGGCCCCCCACUCACAACCAGCUUGAGAACUUGACCCCUGAGGAAAUGUGGCCCUGUCCACCCAAAAGUCAAGGUAAGGUCUGUGUGUAUGUACGCUGUGCCAAAGAUAUAUACAGAUUUGCAUAUAUUUGCUUAUUGGUUGUGCAGAAUUUAUUGUGUUUCCGCUAGCUAUUGCAAGGGGGGAGCUAUGCAGAAGAAUCCCAAAGCCCCCGCCCUCUGAGUAAGGCAAACAGUCCCCAGCUGCCCCCUGACUCUGAAACAACCAUUUGCAAUCAUAAGGGAUAUAUAUAUAUAUAUAUAUUUUAUAAGAUAUUUAUUAGGAUUUUCAGAAUAUUACAAAGCAAAAAAAAGAAAAAAGAAAAAAUACAAAGUAAAAAUGGUUAAAAACAAUUCCUUCCUUCCAUUACUUAUCCUUCAUUUGCUUAGUUUUCAGGACCUCCUCACACCUCCCUUUUUUGUAUUCCAGUUCAGUUGUUAGUUCAGCAAAUCCCUCCCCUCUUUGUAUAUCCUAAUCAUUAAUCAUAGAAUAUUCAUAAGGGAUAGACACUUAAAAAAUAAAUUGGAGCUUAGAUUCAGACAGAUUUUUUUUUGGGGGGGGGAGUGGAAUUCUUGACUACACAUGGCCCUAGUCCUACCCUAUCAGUGAGCUCUCAUUGGCCCAUGCAGGGUGGAUGUUUGUCUCUCAGAUUUGCAAGGUCCCACUUCCACCUCAAGACCAGGACUUCUCAAAGAGAAUUAAUUGAUGUCUGUUUUUAUGCAUAUUGUGUUGUUUUUAUGAUGUUAGCCACUCUGAGCCCGGCCUCGGCUUGGGAUGGCGGGAUACAAAUAAAAAAUUAUUAUUAUUACAGUGGUACCUCGCAAGACGAAUGCCUCGCAAGACAAAAAACUCGUUAGACGAAAGGGUUUUUUGUUUUGUGAGUUGCUUCGUCAUGACGAUUUUCCAUGGUGUCGGAAAGCUUUAAGACGGAAACGUCUUGCAAGUUUAUCACCAAAGUUUUCUUAACACCGUCAAUACAGUUGCUACACUGUGACCUAUGAGGAGCAACUCAUAGAUCAAGUGUGGCAGCCUGUAUUGACGGUUUUUAAAGACUUUGGUGAUAUUUGCAAGACUUUUCCAAGACUUUCCGACACCAAGCCGCAUAGGCGAAAAUAGUCUUGCAAGCAGCUCAAAAACAAAACCCUUUCGUCUAGCGAGUUUCAAUCUUGCAGGCAUUCGCUUUGCGAGGCACCACUGUAUUAUUAUUAUUAAGAGUAGCCCAGCUCAUAAGCGAUGAGGUAGACCUUGAGAUCUGCAGUGGAGACACUUCCCUUUGUGUCCUGCCCACUUUUGAACUGCACCUAGCUGGGAUGUGGAGAAACAGCUGUCUCCAUCAACCAGCUUUCCCCAACCCGGUGGCCUCCAGGUGUUUUGGACUACGAUUCCCAUCAUCCACAUGAUACUGGCUAGGGCUGAUGGGAACUGUACUCCAAAACAUGAUGCUGACUGUGGAUGAUGGGAUUUGGAGUCCAAAACAUCUGGAAUGCCCAAGGUUGUGGAAGUGUGUCCUAUAUUGUGGUUGUUGUUGUUUUUCCCUGUGGAAGCCUGGUCUUGCUCCAGUUCUAAAGUCCCAAAAGUUAUUGAGUCUCCUGAUCUUUUUUUUUUUUAAUCUUGUGGUUUUAUCGUGUGUAUUUCUUAACUGUGGUUGAAAGCCACGCUAACUAUUGAUUGAUUGAUUGAUUGAUUGAUUAAAUUUCAAUCCCGCCCUUCAUCCGAAGAUUACAGGGCAGUUUACAAUAUAGAAACACAAAUGACAUAGCAUAAUAAUGAACAAAAACAAUUUAAAAGACCCUAGACUAUUUAAGUACCCAAGGGCCUGAGAGAAGAGGAAUGUUUUUGACUAGCAGCUAAAGAUAUGUAAUGAAGGCACCAGGCAAGCCUCCCUGGGGAGAGCAUUCCACAAGCAGGGUGCCAACACGGGAAAGUCCCCGCUCUCGUGUUGAUGCCUUCUGGGCCUCUCAUGGAAGAGACAUGCGAAGAAGGGCCUCUAGAGAAUGAUCAAAAGCCAUUUUAAUGGACCGGGCAGGGGAAGGCAGGAAUGUAUUACAAUACAGUGGUGCCCCGCAAGAUGAAUGCCUCGUAAGACGGAAAACCCGCUAGACGAAAGGGUUUUCCGUUUUUCAAUGCGCUUCGCAGGACGGAUUUCCCUAUGGGCUUGCUUCGCAAGACAAAAAUGUCUUGCGAGUCUUGAGAUUUUUUUUCGCUUCCCCCCCCCUUUUUCUAAGCCGCUAAGCCUUUAAUAGCCUUUUAGCAGCUAAGCCGCUAAGCCGCUAAGCCUUUAAUAGCCGCUAAACCGCUAAUAGCGCUAAUCCGCUAAGCCGUUAAUAGGGUUGCUUCGCAAGACGAAAAAACCGCUAGACGAAGAUACUCGCGGAACGGAUUAAUUUCGUCUUGCGAGGCACCACUGUAGAACGUAGGAACAUGUUUUUUUUUAAAAUUCUGUUUUGGCUUCUCCCCCCUGGCAGGGCCUGCUGCAGAGAUGCCACUGCGCUGAAGCCACUUACCUAUUCCAGACGGACAAGUUCUACAACAGGACUUACGACAGGGGGGACCAGACCAUCCAGUGUGGCCGCAAAGUCGACUGCUUCAAGCUGUGGCUGAUGUGGAAGGCCAAUGGCACCAGGGGAUUAGAGCAGAGAGUCGACAGGGCCUUCGCCAUGACCAGGUGUGCCUUGCGGGGUAAGGGUGGGAGCGGGGUGGGUGGUCUCCCUUUCUCAAAGCCGAGAGACUCGGGAUGACACCUCCAUUGCCUAGUUGCCAGCAGAUGAAUGUUACAGAGCUCAUCCCAGUUUCCUGGCCUUCUCCUCCUUCCCUCCGCUAGGUACCUGGCUGAUGAGAUCAAGAAGAGAGAAGGCUUUCAGCUGGUGAUAGAGGUAAGAAGUGCCUGAGCUCCAGGACUCGACAGGCCUCAGUCUCAGAAUCUGUAUUCGGUGGUAGGGCUCAACCCUAGGACACACUAGGGCGCCCCUAGGCUUGCUGAGACUUUCACUAUUCUUUGACUAGUCUUACCCCUAUGAAGCAAUGACAAACCUAGACAGCAUCUUAAAAAGCAGAGACAUCACCUUGCCAACAAAGGUCCGUAUAGUUCAAGCUAUGGUUUUCCCGGUAGCGAUGUAUGGAAGUGAGAGCUGGGCCAUAAAGAAGGCUGAUCGCCGAAGAAUUGAUGCUUUUGAAUUAUGGUGCUGGAGGAGACUCUUGAGAGUCCCAUGGACUGCAAGAAGAUCAAGCCUAUCCAUUCUGAAGGAAAUCAGCCCUGAGUGCUCACUGGAAGGACAGAUCCUGAAGCUGAGGCUCCAAUACUUUGGCCACCUCAUGAGAAGAGAAGACUCCCUGGAAAAGACCCUGGUGUUGGGAAAGAUUGAGGGCACAAGGAGAAGGGGACGACAGAGGAUGAGAUGGUUGGGCAGUGUUCUCGAACCUACGAACACGAGUUUGACCAAACCGCGGGAGGCAGUGGAAGACAGAAGUGCCUGGGGUGCUCUGGUCCAUGGGGUCACAAAGAGUCGGAGAUGACUAAACGACUAAACAACGACAACACCUAUGAAGGUGUCGUUUAUAAUGUUGGACCAAUGAUUCCUCAAGCCCUUAAGCAGUGCAACUGUCUUUGUGGGGGGACCUUUACUAGUCCUCAUUGAGGUUAUUUUGGAGAAGGCAGGAACUGAACUCAGAUCACUCCGCAUGCACUCUUCACUCGGAGCUGCAGGCUGAUUCCUCACCUGCAAUCAACCACCAAAGCUGCUGAACAAAUUUGAGCUUUGGCAUCUUUCUUUGGUGUUUUGGGUGAAACAUGCCCAUCCGCCAGACACCAGGCAUCCUGUGCCACCAAGCACGGAGAUCUAAACCUUAUAAAACAGGUCACUUCUAUCUAUAAUUUUUGCGCUUUGCAGCAGUAAGAUCCGAGGUCACCCUGAGCCUGGCUUGAACUCUCAAGGCACCUGAUGAUUGACAGGAUAAAGAUGCACUAUUGCAGAUAGGGGGUGUAUGCUAUUGAAAUAUAGAUCAAGGCCCCCAGAACUUCGCACUUCACAGGGGAUGGGUGUGUAGGAGAAAUAGAGUCCUGAACACUUCCCUUAAGAUUUCUUGUCCCUCUUUUCUUUUAGCCGGAAUUCACCAAUCUGUGCUUUUGGUACGUGCCUCCCAGCCUACGCGGGAAGGAGGGAUGCACAGAUUACUGUCUGAGAUUGGGCAAGGUAAUAAUAAUAAUAAUUUAUUAUUUAUACCCCGCCUAUCUGGCUGGGUUUCCCCAGCCACUUUGGGCGGCUCCCAACAGAAUAUUAAAAACACGAUAAAACAUCAAACAUUUAAAUCUUCCCUAAACAGGGCUGCCUUCAGAUGUCUUCUAAAAGUCAGAUAGCUCUUUAUUUCCUUGACAUCUGAUGCGAGGGCGCUCCACAGGGUGGGUGCCACUACCGAGAAGGCCCUCUGCCUGGUUCCCUGUAACCUCACUUCUUGCAAUGAGGGUACUGCCAGAAGGCCCUUGGUGCUGGAGCUCGAUGUUCGGGCUGAACGAUAGGGGUGGAGACACUCCUUCAGGUAUACUGGGCCGAGGCCAUUUAGGACUUUAAAGGUCAGCAUCAACACUUUGAAUUGUGCUCGGAAAUGUACUGGGAGUGUUGAGAAUCCUGUGCAGCUUUUCUCAACCUGUGGGUCCCCAGAGGUUGCUGAACUACAACUCCCAUCACCCCUAGAUAGCAAGGCCAGUGCCCAGGGAUGAUGGGAGUUGUAGUCCAACAACAUCUGGGGACCCACAGGUUGAGAACCGCUGCUGUAAAGGAAAUGGUCCACUCCGACAGGAGGCCGUGGAUAUUGCUCAUUGUGCAUGUGCUCAUUCUUCUAAACUGGGGUGGGUGGGUGCUGCGUCCCAGUGUCCAACCAAACUCUGAGACUGGGUUCCUUCUUUGCCCGGGUUUAGGUAGCUCCUAUGAUCAAGGAGCGGAUGAUGAAGAAAGGGUCCAUGAUGGUGAGCUACCAGCCCCUCGGCAACAGAGUCAACUUCUUCCGCCAGGUGGUGACGAACCCUGCAGUCACCCGAGAGGACUUGGACUUCUUCCUUGACGAGAUUGAGAGGCUUGGAAGAGACCUGUAGCAGCUCUGCCCACUUCUCUGGACCCUUUGGCAAUGCGGGUGGGACUUUACACCUGAAAUCCAGGAGCCUUCGGUUUUCUUUCUCCACCGCUUCCCUCUGCAAACCUUACAAGAAGCAGCAGAAGCUGCAACUCGCCAGGGCCUCCAGCUCGCUUCCCCCCAUUCUCACCUCAUCCCUCUUCACAUAAACAUCAAUGAUAUCUGGAACGCCACCGGGCCUUCCUUCUUCAGAAAGGGGAACAGCCGAGGCUGCUGCAAGGAGCUUAUGGAAGUGGAAGGUGAGACAUGGAGGAGGAAGCAACAGUCAGCAUCCAAAGCCCACUGCAGAAGAACAAAAAGACCCCAAAGACCCGUUCUCUGGCCUGCUUGCACAAACCUUGCUUUCUCUUUUAAAAUGAGAAUUUGAUUAAAAAUCUGUUUUCAUCC